GGGAGAAUCCAGGUAGAGUUCAGCUGAUCUCGUCGUGUUCUAAGGUACCAAGGAUUCAAAAGCAAGAGAUUUCACGAGAUGGAGUUCUUAGUACCUUUACUGCUUCUGGGGGGUGCACUGUGCACGUGCUUCGCCGAAGAGAAAAUUGAGUGUGGAACAAAAGGACAAGGAAUUGGAAGAAUUGUAGGUGGAACGAACGUAACUACUGUAGGUCAAUGGCCGUGGCAGAUAACGAUACAAGUCAAACAUGCUGGUUUUCAUUUUUGUGGUGGCAGCAUCAUCAAGCCUAGAUGGAUAGUCACUGCUGCUCAUUGUUUCAAAGAAAAUGCCAAUCCUUCGCGUUACAGCGUCACUGCCGGUGAGCUUAACCUAGAGAAACAGGAAGGUGACGAGCAGGUAAUGGAAAUUGCGAAGAUCAUCCGACAUUCUGAAUUCAACAAAACCGGUCAUACAGAAUAUGAUAUUGCAGUACUGAAACUGAAAAACAAAAUUACGUUCAAUGACAAAGUCCGUCCUAUUUGCCUUCCAACAAAGCGUUUUCUUGAUGGAAAAAUUUGUUGGGCUACUGGUUGGGGACACGCUAAGCCAAGGAAGAUAGGCGAGCAGCCGGUUGGAAGCACUACUCUUAAACAGGUCAAAUUCCCCCUGGUUUCUGAUAAGGAGUGUCGAUCAAGAUAUAGCAAUAUGACCUCGACUGUGAUCUGUGGCGGCUAUAAGUUACAAUCUAAAGGCGCAUGUCAGGGUGACAGUGGUGGACCGGUGACCUGUAAGAACAAAGAUGGAGUGUGGGAUCUGGCUGGAGUUGUGAGCUUUGGAUUAAACGGGUGCGCUCAGAAGAAUACAUAUGAUUUUUUUACCAACAUGGCUAAAUUCAAAAAAUGGGUCGAAGAUCAAAUCAAACAAAAUUAGUAUUUAA